CUAUCUAUCUAUCUAUCUAUCUAUCUAUCUAUCUAUCUAUCUAUCUAUCUAUCUAUAUCUGUCUGUCUGUCUUCUUAUUACUUUAGUCAUUCAUUUGUAUUAAAUGGGAUCUGUUGAAUCCAAGCAUCAAGACCCGCCGGCUUUAAUCGGCACUACUGAACCUACGACAGUUGACAACAAAGCUCUAAACCAGACUAUGAAUACUUGCAUGAUGAUGCAAAUGUUUCGCUCAACGGAAUAUCUGUGUAACAUUACUAUAAAAGUAGCCGACCGAAUCUUCUCCGCUCACCAGACGAUACUCGCUUGUCACAGUAGAGCAUUUAAGAGGCUGAUACAACAACAGGACAAAUUAAACAGACAACUCUUCUUGAAAUUAAACGACAUCGAUCCAGAUACAUUCCAGAACCUAUUGGAUUACGUCUAUACAGGAAAGAUCAAUAUUGACGUCUGUAAUAUCACAUCAAUAUCAAUGGCUGCUCAGAAGUUGGAAAUGGACAGUGUAUUGAACCUAUGCCGAAAUUUUAUUAAGGAAAUGAGCAUUGAGGAAGCAAUGGCCAUCAUUGAAAUUGAACCUAAUCCUCCAUGUAACAAGGUCUUUCGAAGUGCCAUAAAUUAUAUCCUGUACAAUUACCAGAAAGUCUAUAAACACGAUCUGUUCGACAGGCUAAGUGUCAAUAAGGUCAACUACUUACUUUCACAUGAUAGUUUAGUGGUUGAAUGGGAGAUCCAGGUUUUGGAUGGAAUACUUAAGUGGAUAUAUUAUGACGUAGUAAACAGGUCAAAUCAUUUCCAAAGAUUAGUGAAAACCGUUAGAUUUCAUAUGAUGAGUGGAACUGAGCUGAAUAUCUUACCUUUGAUGAGUGGAUUAACAAAAGAUUAUUAUCAGGAUGUUUUAUCACAUUGUCCCGUCAUUGAUUCCAUCUGUAAGAAUGGAAACCUUCAUCGCAUAGCAAAAUGCGCAGAUUGUAAACCGCGAAAACCCGAACCACAUGGUAUCAGUCUGGAAAAAACGCGGACAGGUAUGAAUAUGGAUCAUUUCUUACUCAACCGCGGUAAUUCAAUGUACAAAAUACCAUCUAAACCUGUUCUGUGGUGUUUUUCACCGGAAGCUCGGACACUAAUCAGAGGUGACCCUCCAGAUUAUCAAGUGAUUGAUAAUGCAGUGACCUGGACUGGACAUACAGAUAAAAAACCUGUUUGUGAUCUAGAAAUAAAAUCUAACGAUGAUUCUUCCACGAGGCAGAAUCAGUGCUUGGAGGCCUAUACAGACUGGCUCUUAAAGACUUGUGAUGAUUUUCCAUGUUUGCCGAAUGAAAUCGAGCGAAGUUUGUCAUUACAACAUUUAAAUCGUGGUGAUGGAACUGAACGUAUACGAAUGAUGAGUUCAGUGACUUUAAAUUCCGACGGUAGAAUCGGAAGUAUGUUGGCUUCAGCGGAUAAUAAAAAUGUAUGUAUUUUGAAUAACAUUUUCAAGACCGAAUCUUCAACAUCAAAAGAAACUGGCACUGGAGAUUUCGCAUUGCAGACGGACAUAAAUGUGGGUAAGAAAUUGCCUUUAGUUCCGAGUACAAGUUCAAACAGCGAUUCAAAUACAAUAGAUAAAGUGGAGAGACUUCUAAAAGAUGUGAACAGAAUAUGUGACAGGUUGAGCACCGUGUAUGGCUCAGAAAGUCCGAGAAUGGUAUUAUCAAAUGAGAAUAUAAUUGAACGGGACAAAGAUGCGAAUAUUUCAACGAUAGAAAAGGUGGAGACGAUCUUAAUGAACGUACAGAGGAUGCAGCAGAGAGCUACUGAGCUUGGAUCAGAGAGUACGACUUCAAUGUUAAGUGUCAGUGACCAGGUGAAAACUAAAGAUGGAAUAUUGGUAAAAGUUGGGAUGCCACUGACUUCUUGUUCAACUAAUGUGAGUUAUCCUAACACUGGAAUACCGCCACAGAUUAACUCACCGAGAAGGGAGAACUGCAUUGAAUUGAGAGAGAAAGCAGAAAGACUUUUAAACGAUAUGGAUCAAAUUUUUGACAGACUGAAAAAUCGUCCGCAAAACGAAGAAAAUGUAUUACCAAUAAAAGUAGAAACAAAGACUGAGCCAAAUAUGAAAGCUACCCCUGAUGCUGCUGUAAAUGAGAGCGAUAGUUUUGUUAAAAUACUGGAAAAACUAACAGAAGGAGGUCAAGAAAAAGCUGAAAAAUUUUCAGAACAAACAAGAGGAAGUAUAGAAGAAGCGGGAAAAUCUGCAAAC